AGUAUAAUUUAAGUGAAUCAUGAAUAAAUAUAUCCAAGUUGCAACCUGGAAGUAGACUGCCCGAAACUUCAAGGCCCAAGUCUGGAAGAAGAAAAGGUCGGAAAAAUCCUUCAAAAUGCUGAUCAAAGUGAAGACCCUGACUGGAAAGGAGAUUGAGAUAGACAUUGAGCCAACAGACAAGGUUGAGCGAAUCAAGGAGAGAGUGGAAGAGAAGGAGGGCAUCCCACCACCUCAGCAGCGACUCAUUUUCUCAGGAAAGCAGAUGAAUGACGAGAAGACGGCAGCAGACUACAAAGUCCAGGGUGGUUCUGUUCUCCAUUUAGUGUUGGCUCUGCGAGGUGGAUACCCCCAGUGCUAGAAUGACUGUGAUCAUAGGAGAACCCCUUCUCGCCUUCUCGUUUGCCAGAGUAAGGAGAAGUCUGAUAGCUCUGCCAGGGACAAGAUCUCAGUCAGAACUGAAUGUGAUGGAUAGAGAGUUGCGGUAGCCAGUUUGAUUAGCAACUGGGAAAGCUAG